CCGGGAAGUGCCGGGAGGAUUUCUGGUAUCCAGCCAGGAGUAGCCGCCGGCCGAGCUCAUCGAUGGCGCUGGUGACGUGCGGCGGGCGGUUUGAAAGCGCGACGCGGCGGCGGUUGAGCUGCUGCCGGGAUGGAGCCGCUGCAGCGAGUGAGGGACGCGUCCAAAGCCCUGGGGAAGCUGGUGGCUCACAGCGCUGCCGCCGGUGGAUCCGUGGAGGCCGGGGCGGCCUCGGGGCUGGGGGCUGCGGCUGGCGAGAAGCUGGACCUGGUGACCCUGCUCCGACUAGAGAACAAAUAAAACAGCAACUUAUGGAAUAUAAUACAACAGUUCAUGCAGGUGAAGAAAGCAUUCCAGACCAAGCCAUAGAAGAAAAGCUAAUUGAGGCUGCUGCAGAAGAUCUGGAAAGAGAAACGGAACAAGUGAAAGUCUCCUUUCAAAACAAAACACUGGCGUUACAAAGGAUCCAGCUUAUAGAUGCCCUCAGAACCAAACUGAGACACAAUGAUGCCGACUCAAAGUUGAUCUUGGAAACUAUAAAACACAUAAUAAUGCUUAGUACUGCAAUACUUGAAUCUCAGGAGCAAGCACGUGAGUUGGAAGAAAAACUGAAUGAGAUUAAAAAAAGGAGAUUUGCACUAAAGCAAGCUGGAGAACACAAACUGCUACAGAUACACACUCUGAAGAAAAAACAAAAAGAGGAACUAGAGAGCAUGGAAGUGGGUGAAAUGUUGAAGAGACUAUGUAGAAACUUGCAAAAAGAAACACAGAUGACUACGUUAAUUCAAAAUAUCUUCCAGGGCAUCAUUAUUGGAAGUAAAGUCAACUGGGCAGAGGAUCCAGUUUUGAAGGCAAUCGUUCUACAGCUUGAGAAAAAUGUGGACUGUAUCUGAAUAAGCCACAAGACUUUUUUUUUUUAAGCUAUAGUUUUUAUAUAAUAUGCACCAAUAAACCGGAGUUCAACUAGACUGACACAAGUAAUGGUAACAAUAGCAAGACAAUUUAAGAGACUUUGAAAAAAGGACCUUUCUACAAGUGCAUUUCCUCUGCUAUGGUGAUUCAGAUGUGCAAUUACACAGUUGGUGGUGCAAAACUGAAUCAUUAUUUUAAGGACUUAGAUUGUAACAUUACAGUCUGAGCUGAGGUAAGUGCAUAGUUGCUCAAGUCCAAGGAAAGGACUGCAGCUGUCUAAGUCCUGUCUGUCCCUCCACACCAAGGAGCACAAUGAUCUGUUAUUGGCUGGCAUAUUGAAGGCUGGAAACAAGGCUCUGCUUUCUUCCCCCAUCUUCCUGCCUGGGAGUGGGAGUAGCAGUCCUCCUGGUGCUGUUCCUCCCUGAAGUGUGACUCUCAUUGUGGGAUAGCCUGUGCAGGAAAGUAAGGCGGCAUCUCACUCCCCUAAUUCCCCUGCAUCCUUUCGUAAGGACAUGUCCCAGUACUGCACAUUGUGAAAACAGUAAUCGGACAAAGGGUGUGUAUAGUCAUUUACAAAGGCUACUAUUGAUAACCAGUGUAGCACUUUGGCCAAAAGUGUUAUGUAUGAUUUAAAACUUCUUUAAAAGUUGAGCUCAUUUUAUUUUGUAUGACUUCAAAAUGACUAAUUGGUUUUGAUCAUCAUUUAGUCUGUGCUGUAUCUGCUCCUGCAGCUCUCUAACACCAGCUUCAAUAAAAACUGUCUGUCCUGAAUCACAACAGCCAAUAUAGAGAAAAUGGGGGUUGUGCAGAAGGCAUGUGGAAUGUUUAUAUAGGCCAGUGCCUGAGUUUCUAUACAAUUGAACUUAGUUUUAACCUUAUUCUUUACAAUUUGACAGAUUUGUAUCUGGACUUCAUUCCACACUUAAAGAAAAUUAAGUAAAAAGUAACAUUUUGGAUAGAGGAAAUGCAUUUAGUUAAAUAAAAAUGCAGGUAACAAAUUCAAAAGAGGUGAUCUGAAGUUGGGGACAAAACUCUUAAGAUGAGAAUGAGACUUCUGUUUUUGUUAAGCUUCAAAAUGCAAAAAUAGAUUAAACUAUAUACUGUAGUUUUAAGUCUUUCUUAGUAAUAACCUCAAUAAAAUGACUCGUGCUGACUGC